AAUCAUCAUCAUCAUCAUCAUCAUCAUUUCAUUUCAUUUGUCAACAAGUUUCAAUAUUUGUUUCUGUUCCUUUCCAUCUUGGAUUCAAUUCAACCUUCUGCACCUACGUCCCAGAGACUCUCUCUCUCUUCUCCAAUCACCUCAUCCGAAUUGUAAAUAGGGAAUUUCAAAUUGUCUGUGCUCUGAAUUUGAUGCAAAACCGCAUUUUCUAGGGUUUUGAGACAAUCCCAGAACAGUUACAGAAUAGAGCAACUCUGAGGAUAUGGGAUGUUUUGUAUCAACACCGAAGGAUUCUGGUGGAAACAGGAGAAGGCCAGGGAAUAUUGGGGAAGUUUCUGUAUAUGUACCGGGUUUACGAAUUCCCAAACCUGUUGAUUUCUCCCUGUCAUUAGGUGAUCAGUUGCCAAAGACUUUAGUUGAACGCCUGAAUGCUCUCAGAACUCGUAUAGUUGUUAUGGCUGGCCAAGAAGCACCUACAAUUACAAGAACAAGGAGAAAAAGUGCUACACAACAUGGAGGUUCAACAUUGGCUGAUCUUCAUCAGGCUCUUGUAGAUUACUUGCCUGUUCUUUUGGGAUUAGUUAAAGAUGGGAGUCAUCUACAAUACAAAGUACAGUUUGUUUGGGUAAACCAGGAGGAUGAGGCAGAGGAAACUGCCAUGUCUAAUGCUUGGUACGAGGUUUUGUCUGUCUUGCACUUGAUGGCAAUGCUAUCAUUAUCAAGGGCCAAUUUGUUGCUUCUUCCAAGGACUUCUACUGAUGGUCACCAACCAAAAGUAUCAGAAGAAAGCAGGCGAGCUUCUAUUGAUAUUUUCUUGAAGGCAGCGGGUUAUUUGGACUGCGCUGUCCGACAGGUUCUCCCCCAGUUGUCAGCUGAACUCAGGAGAAAUUUACCAGUAGACCUAGCUGAAGGGGUGCUUCGAGCACUUUGCUUGCAGGCACUAGGGCAGGGUGUUGAUAUCCAACUAGGAAUGGCAAUUGAUAGUACAAAGGCUACCCUUGCUGUUAAGAGAAGGCUUGCAUGUGAAAUGGUAAAGUACUGGCAGCAGGCACAAGAUAACAUUAUGAAUCUUCCAUUAUCAAAUGGCUGGGGUGAAAAGCAUCGAUUCUUUGUAAAGUGGAAAUAUAUAGAAGCAAAGGCUGCAGCAUAUUAUUAUCAUGGUUUGAUCCUGGACGAAGGAAACACGGAGAAAUCUCAUGGCAUGGCAGUAGCUGCUCUACAAGCUGCAGAUGAAUAUUUUAAAGAAAGUAAAAAGGCAUGUGAGGCAUUUACUGUAGCCCCUCCUUUGUCAAGAAAUCCACCACUUUGGGGGACCAUGAAAUAUCUCUUUGAGAAAAUUCCGAAAGAUACCUCUAGUAAGGUGCGGAUAAACCGUGAUCUAUACUCCCAUGAAAAAAUCAUGGAGACAGCCCCAACGCUUCCCGAUUUUGCUCUGGCAUUGAAACCGGAUGAAUAUCAACUACCUGCAGUGGAUCCUUCAUGGAACGAGAACAUAAAACAGGGACAGACUGUGCUCAAACGUGGUCAAGAGCGAUAAAAGAUAGAUCCUGAUAACAAUUUCCGAAUGACGGCAUACGAGAGCCAAACCUCAAAAUACAGAUGACCUUGAAAUUAGGUGGACUUCCCCUAUUGUUGCGUGUGCCAAAGGUCCAUGUGAUUAAUUAGCUUUCUUUUGCAAUCUCUCGUUAUUUUUUUCUCCUUCCAUGUUGAUAGGGCAAAGUCCAAGCUGAUGCUGUUUGCAUAUGAACUAGUUUUCUUUGUCCAUCUCUUAUCUCCUCAUAAUGUGUCUGCCCCUUUUGUUCAUUGAAAUAUAUUUUUAAUUGUCUAUUCAACAACUCAUUCAUUUGUUGUGUGAAUUUGGUUUAUGCAAUGCGAAUCGAUCAAAUUACAUAACUUUGUUUCCCCAAACUUUCCCUCUGAGUCAGUAGAAAAUUUGAAAGGGUUUCACGCAUCUUUACCAAAAUUCUAAUCCUGCUCUUCGAUGGCUUCUCUUCCCUCUUCAGCCAGCUGCCUUUCCUUUUCUUGUUGCUCGGCAUGAACA